GUAUAGAUUGAGAUUUUUUGCUGAUGUAAUACUGUUUUUUUAUUAAAAAUGUGGAAUAUAACGAAAAACACACUUUCUUGUAUACCAAAAAAUGUUCGAAGUAUUAAAUUUAGAUAUGGACCAACCAAAAAUCUUAAAACAACAAGUACGGAUUUCGUUCAAAAUAAUUCAACAACAGAACCAUUACAUCCAGGAUUAAAAGAAAUGAAAUGGGUGAAUGAGUUAAAUUAUUUUAAAGAACAAAAAUAUGAUAUCUUACCUAUAUAUAGGGUAUUAAAUCAUUCAGGAGAAAUUAUUCAAGAGACUGAAAAUCCGAAUUUACCUAAAAAUACGUUGGUGAAAAUGUAUCAAAAAAUGGUUUUACUAGCUAAUAUGGAUAUUAUUUUAUUUGAAUCUCAAAGGCAGGGACGAAUCUCAUUUUAUAUGACGAAUACAGGCGAAGAAGGGGUUCAAAUAGGAUGUGUAGCAGCAUUAAAUUUUGAUGACUUAGUAUUCGCGCAAUAUCGCGAAACUGGAAUUCUAAUGUAUCGAGGUUACACAGUACAAAAUUGUUUGGAUCAAUGCACGGGAAAUAUUGAUGAUAAAUGUACAAAAGGUCGACAAAUGCCAGUACAUUAUGGUUCAAAAGAAUUAAAUUAUGUUGUUGUUUCAAGUCCAUUAGCCACACAAAUACCACAAGCUGUUGGUGCCGCAUACACAUUUAAAAUCCAAAAAUUGGAUAAAAUUAGUUGCGUAUUUUGUGGAGAUGGUAGUGCAUCUGAAGGAGAUUUUCAUGCUGGUCUAAAUUUUGCUGCAACAUUAAAUGCACCUGUUAUUUUUGUAUGUCGUAAUAAUGGUUAUGCUAUUUCAACAAAAGUUAAUGAACAAUAUGCGGGAGAUGGAAUUGCUGCUCGAGCACCUGGUUAUGGAAUUCAUGUGAUUCGUGUAGAUGGAAAUGAUAUAUUUGCUGUAUAUAAUGUUAUCAAGUAUGCCAGGGAAUAUGCACUUAAACAUAAUAAACCAGUUUUUAUUGAAGCAAUGACAUACAGGGUGGGCCAUCAUUCAACUUCUGACGACAGUUUAGCAUAUAGAGAUGCAAAUGAAAUUGAACAAUGGUCCGAAAAAGGAAUAGUUGGAGGACCAAUUAAAAGGUUACGAAAGUAUUUGGAGAAAAAAAAUUUUUGGGAUGAUGAAACAGAGAAAAAAUAUCAAACUGAAUGUCGUAAAAAUAUAUUAUCAGCUUUAACAAAAGCUGAAAAUAAAUUAAAACCAAAUUGGAGAGAAAUGUUCGGGGACGUUUAUCACAAAAUGCCAGAACAUUUACGGGAACAAAUGAAAGAAAUGGAAAAUCAUCUUAAAAAAUAUGAAAAGUAUUAUCCUGUUGAUCAGCAUGCUAAAUAAUUUUUAUCUUGAACAUCAAAUUCAAUAAUGUAUAUACUGAUACUUAAAAAAAGGGAGUAACUCUCAAAUACCAAAGACUCUGUUUACAUGAUUCACAUCACUAAUAAAUCUUUAAUUGGGACCAUUGUAUAAAUUUAAUUAGGAUUUUAAUGUAAUUUUUAUACCUACUGUUAUACGAAUUUAAUGUAAAAUGUCAUUUAGUCUUGUAUUUACACCAAGGCUAACCACGCACAGUUCUAGUGCAUCAAAUCGGUGGGGCAUCUUGUUCGUAAGAACCUAAGUUAACACAAUUUGUAUAUAAAAUAGUGAAAUGAUUAAAAUUGCAAUUUAGAAACGUUUAAAAAAAUAGUAUGGUAUG